AUGUCGGAGAAGCCUCAGAAGGUGGCCAUUAUUGGCACGGGGAUGGCCGGGCUUAUUACUUCCUACAUCUUGCGAACUGACCCCCGAUUCGAUGUGGAAGUGUUCGAGAAGCAAGCCCAGCUGUCUCUUGACUCGGCAUCCCUGACAGUCUCAUCAGGCCCAGAUAAUGACCAGAAGCAGCAUCGUAUUGAUUUGCCCAUGAGAGUCUUUGCCGAUGGUUUCUACGCGAAUCUGAAACGGAUGUACGACUUUUUUGGCGUGCAGUAUGCAUCGCCACGCUUUAUCUACACAAUGUCCAGGAUUUCUGACCCUGGAUCGACGGAGAUUCAUCCGCAUUUUAUUCACUCUUCUAAUAAUCACCAGCUACCACCCCUGCGGCCUAAGGGAUGUUCGUGGAUCGAAUGGCUGAUGCGAGUCGUGUAUCUUGCGGUAUGCUAUUACUAUUUUGUCGCGUGUUGCUUCUUUGUCGCGCCUCGAACGACAAGUGACACUGGCCUAUCCGAGUCAUUCCGCGACUAUGCAAAGCGCAUCCACAUACCCGGGCACUACAUCAAGAACUACUUUCUUCCCCUCAUGUCCUGUGUUACGACCUGUUCACACAAUCAGCUUCUGGACUUCCCCGCCAUCGAUGUGAUCGGUUAUCAGACCAAGACUUUUCGGAAGCCACACUAUACUGUCCUCGGCGGUGUGAAUAAAGUUCAAGCUAAGCUUUCCAAGGGUCAGAAAGUGAGGUAUUCCGCCGCAGUGACCGCAGUGGAGAAUGUCGGCUCCAAAGUCAAAGUCACCUGGAAAGAUGGCUCCAGGGAGGAGGUCAAGUCAUUGUUUUUUGACCAUGUUGUUCUGGCAGUGACUCCCGAUGUGCUCCGCGCAAUCUUUCCUCCUCUGCGUAAGAUAUUGGCCGCUGUGCCUACGACCCCGGUUCAUUCAAUCGUUCAUCGUGACUUCGCCCGCCUCCCAGCAUGCAGUCAGGUAAUCAGUGCUCGCCUCCACGCAGAUAACGACCGUUCCUCCACACAUCCAAUCCACAUCAUCUCAAAUGCUUCCACAACGGAAUCAACCCACCAACACCCAUCCUCGGUACUUAUUUCUACCUCACCUAUUGUGCCUAUUGACUCUGAGAAGGUUAUCUCCUCCACGACAUUCACUCGAGUUCUACGCACUCCGACUAGUCGGCAAGUGACGCUGGACAUCUUCGAGUCAAAGCCAACUGGUCCCGAUGGCGAUUCCAAGCAAUGGCAAAAUGGCGAUGGAAACGUUUGGCUCGUGGGAGGGUGGUGUUGGGAUGGGAUGGUGAUGCUGGAAGGGUGCAUUGCCUCGGCGAUACGGGUAGCGGAGAAGCUGAACAUCGAGGUUCCAUGGGCCUCUUAA